AUGGGUGUUCGCCACAAAAUCCAACGUGGUAAUUAUGGCGAAUUAAAUGGCAAAGAUGUUUCCAUCUUCGAAUCUAUUGUUGGCCCCACAAACCUCCUGCAAGAUGGCACCGAUGACUUGCAAGGUUACAAUGUGGACUUCUUGGGCAGUGUAAGAGGACGCAGUAAAUUAGUACUGAGGCCAGGCUCAACACAAGAAAUCUCCGAAAUUCUGAAAUAUUGUAAUGAACGACGUUUGGCUGUGUGUCCUCAGGGUGGUAAUACCGGUUUGGUUGGUGGUUCCGUACCAGUUUGUGAUGAAAUUGUCCUAUCAUUGGCACGUCUGAAUAAAAUUCUCAGUAUUGAUGAUAUUACCGGGAUCACAGCAUGCGAAUCUGGUGUAAUUUUAGAGAAUUUAGAUGCUAAAACAAGGGAGGCGGGUUUUGUCGUUCCCUUGGAUUUGGGUGCCAAAUCCAGUUGUCACAUUGGUGGUAAUAUUUCAACAAAUGCUGGUGGUUUGCGUGUGAUACGUUAUGGAAAUCUGCAUGGUUCGGUGUUGGGCGUUGAGGCGGUUCUGGCCAAUGGCAAGGUUGUCGAUUUGAUGUCGGACUUUAAAAAAGAUAACACUGGCUACCAUUUGAAGCAUCUGUUCAUUGGUUCCGAGGGAACACUGGGUGUUGUUACAAAAGUGGCCAUUCUGUGUCCAGCCAUUUCGGAUUCCGUCAAUGUGGCCUUUUUGGGUCUAAAUUCCUUCGAAGCUGUCAUGCAAACCCUGAAGAAUGCAAAACGCCAUCUGGGUGAGAUUCUAUCAUCUUGUGAACUUAUUGAUGCCCCCUCAUUGGCUGCCAGUGUGGAGAACAAUAAUUUACAAUCCCCCAUUGAAGGCUACCCAUUUUAUAUGCUGAUCGAAACCUCUGGAAGCAAUGCCGAUCACGAUAUGGAGAAGUUAAACAAUUUCAUCCAACUGGUUAUGGACAAGGGCGAUGUGGUCGAUGGUACCUGCACAAGUGAACCUAGUAAGAUGCAAGAAAUUUGGAAGCUAAGAGAAUUCAUUUCGACUGCCCUGACCAAGGAUGGUUAUUGCUUCAAAUAUGAUAUAUCUCUACCACUGCGUUCCUUCUAUGAAAUCGUUAACGUGGUGGAAAAACGUGUCGGCCAUUUGGCUAAACGUGUCACGGGUUAUGGUCAUUUGGGUGAUUUGAAUCUCCAUCUCAAUGUUUCCUGCGAACAAUAUAAUCCCGAAUUGUAUAAAUUAUUGGAACCUUUUGUCUAUGAAUAUACCGCUCAGCUGAAGGGUAGUGUUAGCGCCGAACAUGGUAUUGGCUUUUUGAAGACAAAAUAUUUGAAACAUUCGAAAGCACCCGAAGCCAUAAAUAUGAUGCGUGAAAUGAAACAGUUGCUGGAUCCUAAUUGUAUUUUGAAUCCUUAUAAGGUUUUGUAUUGAUU